UGAUCUCCGCCCCUUUCUCCUCCCCUGAUUCUUUUAAUUACUAUGUAGAAAAAAUGGGGCUAACUAGCGGGGAACCGGAUGGAUACAACACGAUUCACAAUGUAACAUAAGUGGAGCGAUAUAAAGAGUGGGCAGAGAAAGUCUAACCUAAUCAGACUUUAGAAAUGUGUUGUUGACCAGACAAAGGAAGAGUUCUACAAAACAAGGUGCUCAUGAAGAAUGGAACUAACCAUGUUUAACAUUUAACUUUGAUCAUUGAACACACCCUAAUGGAUUACGUAAGCUCCGCUGAACCAGAUGUUGAUGCCUUCAUCUGCACAGAAUGUGGGGAUGGCUUCAGGCGCUACCUUGACUUGGUUAAACACAUUACUGUUCAUGAACGACUCAGAACUCAUGAACGAACAGAUUCAUUUUCCCUUGACAGUUUACCCAAUGGGUUUCAAGUUCCCCGUGAGUAUGCUCUCCAUGAAAAUGGAACUUUCAUAGUGGUUGACAGAUCUGGACCAUCAAACAACCCUUCUUCUGUCAAACAGCCAUCUUCAACUCCUUCACCUUAUCAGAAUUCAAAGACCAUUGUACUUACAACUAAGCCAGCAAAAACUGAUCUACGUGUUAACACAGUAUCUCACUCCCAGUGCCGCAGUGUCUCUCCUCUAAAACAGUACCAAUGCGAAACAUGUGGAAAAUCGUUUAACAACCAGCUGAGUUUACAACACCAUCAACAGUAUCGGAAUUUAGAGCAAGGUUAUAAGUGCACCUUGUGUUGCAAGAUCUUCACAGAUAAAGAGUGGCUAAGGGAACAUCUCCAAGAACAUGCCCAUGAAAUAUUUUACUGCUGUGGUCAGUGUGGAAAACGCUUUCUGAAACAAGAGACCCUGUAUGCUCAUCAAAAAGAGCGGCAUGGAUCGCUGGGGCUCAAACAAAUGGGGAAGUCAGACAAUGGUGAAGAGAACARAAUACAGAAAACAUAUCACUGUAAGAAGUGUAAUCUGUGUUUUUUCUGGCUCUCCGACUUGCAGAGCCACUUACUCAGUCAUUCCAAAGACAAACCAUUAUCUGUGAACUCUUCAUCUAAAAUCGAGCAACAGUCUCAGAAAGAUGAGCUAUCACAUACCAUAGAGUACAGUGACAGCACCCCUACCUAUGUGACCAAACGGUACAGCAGCGGCACCCCUACUACCGAUGUGACCAAACAGUACAGCAGUGACGRAACUGUUGAUGUGAAGACCCACAAUGGCAAAUCUGAUUCCAAAACACCAUCCUCUUUCAGACCAUACCGCUGUGGUUUGUGUGGAGAUCGCUUCCAGCAGUUAACAGACUUGAAGGAGCAUCAUCUUACCCAUCAAACACAYGAAGAAAUUGACAAGUUAAAUAAGGAUUCAGAGUCACAAAGAGUUGUAAAAAYGRGGCYAAGGUAUACUSGCAUUGAGUGCAUCGUAACAAAAGCACCUGCAAGGAAGGGAGGAAGGCCCCCACUUUAUAAAAAAGGCUCUGGGACAAAAUUACAUCCAUGCAAGCACUGCCACCGUGUAUUCAGUCACUCUAGUAGUCUMUCUCGGCACAAUAGAUCCCACAAGGGGACUCUUCACACUUGUGUUCUCUGUGGGAAACAUUUUCCACAACGCUGUGAUGUCCGGAGGCAUAUAGCCAUGUAUCACAAACCUGAAUUAGAGAAGAAGCCAAGUCUUAAGUACUUGGCAUUGCAUUCUAAACCAGAUGGUGGUUCCCAAUUGAAUUCUGAUGUGUUGGAACAGAAUGCGUCAUCUGAAAUAAAACCCAAGAAGUCUUUAGACAGUGUUGUUGCAGAAUUGGACAGUGACAAUGGUGAAGAUCAGCAAACCACAUCUACUGGAGAAGUGUCCGCUGCUCCUAAGGUACGGAGGAACUACAAGUGUGACGAAUGUGGGAAAAAGUUUGGGCUGCUGUGUGUGUACCAACGGCAUUUGCGGUACCACAAAAGGGAACCAGGUAGUGAAAUGGUUAAGUGCCCUCACUGUCCAAGUCGCUUCCGGAGUUCUUCUGCUCUAGGGCGCCAUCUUGAGAUUCACCCAAGUCAGUCAAGGGGGGAAACGGACAUGGAASGACAGGCAUCUCCCACUGCUGACUCCAAUCCAGACCUGGACUCUGACCAAGACAAUGUAAAGGACUUAGUGGGUCAUGGGGACAUUGAUGAUGUCAWGGGUGGGAAUGGUGAAAAAAUUGGUCCAGCAGAGGUGCUGUACGAAUGCACUGAGUGUACAGAGACUUUUUCCUCCUUGCAGAAGUUUCUGAAGCACCAGAGUUCUCAUGGGUCCGAUAACCUUGGAUAAUGGAAACGAUGCAUGGUAUUUAUAUUCGAAGGUCCGAACCCUAACUUGAGAUCGAUGCACAUACCGCAUAUUGUUGCACUGUUAUGCAGACCUCAAUUCAUGAUUUACGAAAGUCCGAGUUACGUGCACGUCUCAAGUUAGGAUUCUUUCCUUGAUGAUGGAGCAGUUUAACAAGUGUUUAAAAAAAUUWAUAAUAAUGUAACAAUGAACUGAGGAACUACAACCAGUAUGGUUCUUGGGGUGGGUGGGUCAUUAAUUCUGAACCAGAGUAGGAUGACAUUGAUGUAGCACUGCAUAGAUCGAGAUGGUGACUGAAGAACUGGGAAUUACUGAGAUUUUUUUAUGUAAUUUCUACAAUCAUGUGAAUUUGAGAAGUUUUGUAUCAAUGUUUCAGAUUGUUAUGGUUACUUCAGUUAAACCCUUAUAAUUACCC